GUCAAGGACAAGAGCGAGGCGGCGCCCGAGGCCGACAUGGUGCCGCAGGUGUUUGGGUUCGAGAAGCGCCUCGCCGUCGUCGUGCCGAGGGCGCUCAGGGCGAGGGUGUUUGACGUCGGGAUGGAGUACGACGCCGGGGUGUGCACGCCGAGGAGGCGGGAGACGGUGUGGGCGAUCCAGGCCCUUUCGAACCUGAUCUGCGCGUCGCUUAAGGAGGACCCGUACGGCGUCACGCAGCGCGACAUUCCCAAGGUCCUCGAGGCGUUCGUCCGCUACCUGUCGGUCCUCGACGCGCUCGCGGCCGAGCUCGAGGCGCAGGCCGACAAGGCGCUCGGCGGGCCCGACGAGCGCGAGCACGCGCGCAAGGUCGUCGAGCGCGAGGUGGGCGAGGUGCAGGAGGCUGUGCGAGCCGGCGCAAAGGCGAUCCUCACCGAGUUCUCCGAGUACUUGGGCGAGUUCCGCUUCCCGACGCAGAUUGCCGCCAAGCUGCAGCUCCUCGUCGACUUUGGACCCUGAAGCCAGCCGGUAGAAGUUGUGCCCAGGAGCGUCUGCAACGUCGAGCCUGCGCAGAGAUC